AUGAUGGCAGUAAACGGCUGGUUAGAAUCGAUUUAUAAUCACAUAACUUGCAAUGUAGAUGGGCCAAACGGCGAACAUCAUUUAUUAAUCAAUCCAUUUGGUUUAAAUUAUCGCGAAAUUACUGCAUCAUCAUUGGUGAAGAUUGAUUUCGAUGGAAAUACAAUUCAUCCAGGUGUUGUUGGCGAUAUCUUUGGAAUAAACAAAGCUGGUCUCGUUAUUCAUUCGUGUAUUCAUCGAGCACGACCUGACGUCCGUUGCGUGAAUCAUAAUCACAAUUGGGCUGUUGCUGGUCUUUCAGCAACGAAGAACGGUCUGAUUGAACUAGCACAAACAACACAUAUCACAGGAGAAAUUGCUUAUCAUGAUUAUGAAGGAAUUGUCAUUUCAAACGAUGAACAAGAACGUAUUGUACGCGAUUUGGGAGAAAAAGACGUGAUGAUUCUACGUAACCACGGUUUGAUUACAUGUGGACCAUCGGUUGGUGCUGCAUAUUACCAUGCGUAUACAUUGUGUGCAGCGGCAGAAAUGCAAGCACAUGCGUGUUCAAUGGCCUUCAAUAAAUUGGAUUUGAUUAUACCUGAAGAUCGGUUGAUUCAGCUGAGUAUGGCGAUUGCAAAGAAUUUUAAUGAAACUUCAAUGGGAACGUUAGAAUUUGCCGCAGCAAUGCGUGAACUUGAUUACGAUCAAGAUCAUUCAACAUAUCCAAACUAUCGAAAUUGA